GAGGAACAUCCCCAAUGUACAAACAACAUUCAUUUACCCCCAGUGGUACAAAAAUGUUCCUCGGAUUCCAUUUCUGGUACAUUCACCCUUGAGGGUACAGCCCCAGUGACAGCAAAGGUACAAAUUGGUACCGUUCUUUCUGAGAGUGUAUUUGCAUGACAUAAUUAAUCCCACAUGAACCUGACCAGUGGUUAGAAGAUAGGUGGUUGGAUGAAUGUCAUUUAGAUCAACAGUAAUAAUCUAAAUACUGUCUGUAAAUCAGCAAACAGCUCUAUGUGGUGACCAGUGCUGGCAUCUAUCUAACUGUGGUUCACUGCAGCCCUGUUUUGGUAUAAGGUUACUAAUAUAGGAUGGAUUGAUGAGUCCAGCUGAAAAUCUGGAAAACUUUGAUCGAGUUAAAUAGCCAAAUAGACUGGUAUUCGGAAACCCCCAAUGUAGAAAGCAAAAAGUGCAGGCAGAAACACAAUUGUUGCCUCCCAGUUUGAAGGAUGCUGAAAUUACAUCGAUAAUAUUUUUAAUCCAAUGACUUAAAGAGAGCAGGGGUAGGGGAUGGACACACUGCGCUUGCGCUUGUUCAUAUACCCUCCUUCGGACUCGCCGACUCUGAGCUGCGCUGCGCUGCGUUGCGUUGCGGUCCGGUGCGGUUCGGUGCGCUCAGAAGCGACGCCGCUGGGGACCUGCCUGAUUUCUCCAUUAAACACUGCAGCCGCACUGGCACCUGACAAACCUUAUUCUUAAUUGUCAGCCGCACGCCUUUUAGCCAAACACGAGUGAAGCCAUGUCGAACAAGGAGGAGAAAACCGAAGAACAGAACCAGUCCAGCUGGAAAGAUUUUUUCUAUAAUCCGCGGAAUGGAGAGUUCAUGGGUCGGACAGCCAGCAGCUGGGCUCUCAUCCUCCUGUUCUACCUGGUCUUCUAUGGCUUCCUGGCUGGGAUGUUCAGUCUCACGAUGUGGAUCAUGCUGCAGACACUGGAUGACUACACUCCACGGUACCGGGACAGAGUGGCCAAUCCAGGGCUGGUGAUCCGGCCCAAAUCCAUGGAGAUCGUCUUCAACCGGACAGUCCAGAGCAGCUACAAUCAGUAUGUCAAUAAUCUGGAGUCUUUCUUGCAGCAGUACAACGACACAGAGCAGGAGAAGAACGUGGCGUGCCCGUCUGGUACGUACUUCGAGCAGGACGCCGAAGAGGAGAAGAAGGUCUGCCUGUUCAGACGGAGCACGUUGAGACAGUGCUCGGGCCUGUCGGACCCCAGCUUCGGCUACGCUGAGGGGAAACCCUGCAUUCUGGUGAAGAUGAAUAGGAUCAUUGGUUUGAAGCCACGAGGUGAUCCGUACAUCAACUGCACUGCAAAGAGAGACUCCGAAGUGCAAAUGCAGUAUUUUCCCGGAGAGGGCAGGUUCGACAAGAUGUACUUUCCCUACUAUGGCAAGAAGGCUCACCCAAAAUAUGUCCAGCCCCUGGUGGCGGUGAAGCUGCUCCUGACCAAGCAGGAGUUCAACACGGAGCUGGUGGUGGAGUGCAAGGUGGAAGGUAGCGACCUGCGCAACAACGACGACCGCGACAAGUUCCUGGGCCGCGUGACAUUCCGUGUGAAGGUCCUAGAGUAGAACCCACCACCGGGAGGUACACACACACACACACACACACACACACACACACUCGCAUAUUCACACACUGCCAGAGAACAGUCCUAUUCCCUCCUAGCCACCUGAACAAGGCCAAAAUCCUCAUCAGGAUGGCGUGCCACUUUAGGGACCCUGUAUAUAGGUGUCUGGUGCUGCCAUUCGCUGUGAUCUUUACAAUUUUGUGAUGUGCGACCUGUUGUAUCAGUGGUGUUUAUCUAUGUACAUAUUUAAUCGAUAUUUCUGACCAUUGGAAUAAAUCUUAGGAAGAAAUUAAGCAACAAUAUGAAUUAUUUAAAGAGAGAAAGAACUUUAAAAAACAGUUAUACUGGGCUGCCAUCAGAAGAAAAUGAUUUUUUAACUUCUGCAAAAUGUGGUUUGUGCAGAUGCCUUAAGACCUGUAUGGAAAUAGAACUUGUGAAAUAAAAAAAAUAUCCAUUUUAAUAAAA